UUGUCGAGCUUCUGGCUGACAUUGUGCAGAACUGCGCGCUGGAGGAGUCUCAGAUCGAGAAGGAACGGGGUGUCAUCCUUCAGGAGCUGAAAGAAAUCGACAGCAGCUUGGUGGAUGUUACCUUUGAUUACCUUCAUGCCACUGCUUACCAGGGGACUCCGCUGGCCCACACUGUCGAGGGGACCACAGAGAACAUCAGGCAUCUGAGUCGAUCAGAUCUCGCUUCAUAUGUUGAUACUCACUUCAAGGCACCUCGUAUGGUCCUGGCAGCUGCUGGAGGUAUUUCCCACAAAGAGCUGGUAGAUGUAGCCAAGCAACACUUCAGUGGAGUGCCGUUUACAUACAAAGAUGAUGCUGUGCCGGCCCUCCCGCGCUGUCGCUUCACCGGGAGUGAGAUCCGUGCCAGAGAUGAUGAUCUGCCCGUUGCCCAUAUUGCUCUUGCCGUGGAGGGGCCAGGAUGGGCUGAUCCAGACAACGUUGUCCUCCAUGUGGCUAACGCUAUCAUUGGCCGCUAUGACCGCACAUUUGGAGGUGGCAAGAAUCAGUCCAGCAGGCUGGCUACGCUUGCUGUGGAGCAUAAUCUGUGCCACAGUUUCCAGACAUUCAACACUUCUUACUCUGAUACUGGCCUCUUUGGUUUCCAUUUUGUUUCCGACCCUCUCUCCAUAGAUGACAUGCUGUAUUGUGCUCAGGGGGAGUGGAUGCGUGUGUGCACUAGUACCACAGAGUCAGAGGUGAAGAGAGCCAAGAACUAUCUCCGAAAUGCCUUGGUGGCUCAACUCGAUGGCACUACCCCGGUGUGUGAGAAUAUUGGGAGCCAUCUCUUAAACUACGGACGCCGUAUCCCUUUGGAGGAAUGGGAUGCCAGGAUUUCUGCUGUUGAUGCAAGAAUGGUGAGAGAUGUCUGCAGUAAAUACAUCUAUGACAAAUGCCCGGCAGUUGCAGCAGUUGGUCCCAUUGAACAGCUCUUGGAUUACAACCGUAUUCGCAGUGCCAUGUAUUGGAUCCGUUUGUAGGAUGUUUUCCUGCAGAAUGGAAACAGUGGAGCUGUGGACUGUGACAGGUUCCCCCUGGCUCUGAAUGUCUUGUGCACCAGGGGCAAGAUGAGUCCCAUCAAAGUGGUUGUCUUCUUGGUGUUAAAUGUAUAAAAAUAACUAAUAAAUAUAUCCUAUGUCGAGUUGGUUCUGCUUGGAGUCAA